UUAGACCUUCAAAUGACCUUUCAGCCAUGUCCUUACUUCGACUUACAUCAAUUUGACAGUAUACCAUCUGAGUAACAGUUCAACAUUGUCAGUGUUUAAACUUCCUAGUAAAAAUAAUACCACAAUGACUACCUACUUCCAGUACCCGGCGCCCGAGUUGCAGGAGGAGCUGAGGAAGAUCGCCCAAGCGAUCGUAGCCCCUGGCAAGGGCAUCCUCGCCGCUGAUGAGUCCACAGGAACUAUGGGCAAACGUCUCCAAGACAUCGGCGUUGAGAACACUGAGGAAAAUCGCCGCAGAUACCGCCAACUGCUCUUCAGCUCUGAUCCGAUCCUAUCUGAGAAUAUCUCUGGUGUGAUCCUGUUCCACGAGACCCUGUACCAGAAGGCCGAUGAUGGCACGCCCCUCGUGUCGCUGCUGGAGAAGCGCGGUAUCAUCCCUGGAAUCAAAGUGGACAAGGGCGUCGUUCCACUAUUUGGAUCUGAGGAUGAGUGCACCACACAGGGUCUCGACGAUCUCGCGCAGCGUUGCGCUCAAUACAAGAAAGAUGGCUGCCAGUUCGCCAAAUGGCGCUGCGUCCUCAAGAUCGGCAAGAACACUCCAUCCUACCAGGCCAUCUUGGAGAACGCCAACGUCUUGGCCCGCUACGCUUCCAUCUGCCAGACCCAGCGCAUCGUGCCAAUCGUCGAACCCGAAGUCUUGCCAGAUGGUGAACAUGACCUUGACCGCGCCCAAAAGGUUACCGAGGUCGUUCUGGCAGCCGUUUACAAGGCGCUCAGCGACCACCACGUCUUCCUUGAGGGUACUCUGCUCAAACCCAACAUGGUGACUGCCGGCCAGUCAUGCAAGAAGACAUACACUCCGGUAGAUGUCGCUCGCGCCACCGUCACCGCUCUGCUCAGGACAGUCCCCGCUGCCGUUCCUGGUGUCACAUUCCUCUCCGGCGGCCAGUCCGAGGAAGAAGCGUCGGUGCACCUGAACGCCAUCAACGCAAUCGAUCUGAAGAGGCCGUGGGCCCUCACCUUCAGUUACGGCCGCGCUCUCCAAGCGUCCGUGCUUCGCGCUUGGGCUGGCAAACCUGAGAAUGUUCUCGCUGGCCAGCAGGAACUGCUCAAGCGUGCCAAGGCUAACGGACAAGCGUCACAAGGAAAAUACGUGGCCGGAUCAGUGACAGGUGUGGGCGCCGACGCCGGACUUUUUGUAGCAAAUCACGCGUACUAAACCCAGUAGUGUCGUUAAUAUCAUAUCGCACAGUUACAGUACUAGUAACGUAAUACUGGACAUGCGUUUAAUAGUACAACCCAGUAAGUUAGUAAACUAAUCAGUCUGACAAUGCGUCCCGAAUUGUCGUAUAAUAGUUCGGGACACGCCAAAGGUGUUGAACCACUGGUUGUUUCUUACAUUGUGCAGUGCUUUUUAGAUACAAAACACGAAACCAUCGACACAAUAAAUUUAUACAUGAAAAGAUUAUUUUUCUGUCUUCUAAAAUGAAUUCUAUAAAAAAAAUAAGUUGAAAAAAUCUUAUAAAAGUUCUGGUCGACAGAAGUUACUGCUUUAUUUAUCAAAAAGGACAGAAAAAAUAAUUAAAUUCUAAUUUUAAAUUAUGGCGCCAUUGGAAUCUGUAUGUAUGUUAUUUGCUAGAUAUUUUUUCUACAGUAGCGUGUAGUAUUUAAAAGUAAGGUAAAAUCGUUAUUACAAUAUGUUGUUACAUAUAAUUUUCGCAUUAAUAACUGUAAUUGUUGAGAUUUAUAUACAAAGCUAUGGAUAUUAUAUCGAGAUUUCCUAGAUGCAUCAUGUAUUGGUAGAAACAAAAAAUCAAUAAAUGUUGCCAUAUUGCAUUUGCAAAAACUACUACGUAAAUAAAUUAAAUAUUUUAAAUUAAUUUUGAAGAUAUUGAAUAUAGUAAAAUGUCACAAAUCUAACAAUAAGUACCAACAUAGUAGUUUUGUGCAAAUUAAAAAUAUAACUUGUCGUUGAAAUAUUAUCAAUUAUUUGGGAGGUAUAAAUCAUUUAUCUAUGUACAGUAAAUAAUAUUGUAUUAUAUUAAUGUAUUGAUUAGUAAUUAGUACAAUCAUUCAUUGUAACUUUUAUUUUCAAUUUUUAUUAUCAUUUUAGUUAUAAAGUAUUUUGAUAUUUGUAAGGUUAUAUAAUAUAUUAUAUAAUAGA